AUGAAGGUCCUCGCCAUUUUAUACAACGGCUUCAACGCUGCAGUGAAAGAGCCUCGCUUACUGGGAACAGUUGAGAACAAGCUUGGAAUAGACAAAUGGCUUGCAUCGCGAGGUCAUGAGUUUAUUGGUACGUUUUGCGCUGUUUCCAGCGACAAAGAAGGACCAAACAGUGAUUUUGAAAAGCAUUUGGUUGAUGCAGAGGUUGUUAUCACAACACCUUUCCACCCUGGUUACCUCACGCGAGAGCUCAUGGAAAAGGCGAAGAAUUUGAAGAUCUGUAUCACCGCUGGAGUAGGCUCUGACCAUAUCGACCUCAACGCUGCUGUAGACCACAAAAUCCAAGUCCUUGAGGUCACUGGCUCUAAUGUUGUCUCUGUUGCAGAACAUGUUGUGAUGAACAUCCUGACUCUGGUCCGUAACUUUGUCCCGGCCCAUGAGAUGAUCGAACGCGGUGACUGGCAAGUUUCCGAUAUCGCUCGCAACGCUUUCGACCUUGAAGGCAAAGUUGUCGGAACGAUUGGUGCAGGAAGAAUCGGCUAUCGCGUCUUACAACGUCUCGUUCCCUUUGAUUGUAAAGAGCAUCUGUAUUAUGAUUACGCGAAGCUUCCUGUUGAACGUGAGCAAGCUAUCAAAGCUCGUAGGGUCGAGGAUAUCGAAGAAUUCGUCUCCCAAUGUGACGUCGUCACCGUCAAUGCACCUUUGCAUGAAGGUACUCGCGGGCUCAUCAACGAGAAAUUAUUAUCCAAAUUCAAGCCUGGCGCAUGGCUCGUCAACACCGCUCGUGGUGCCAUCUGUGACACGGAUGCUGUUGCAGCUGCCCUAACGAGUGGUCAGCUUCGUGGUUAUGCUGGUGACGUCUGGAACGUCCAGCCCGCUCCCAAGGAUCAUCCUUGGCGCACAAUGAAGAAUCCUCUCGGUGGGGGAAAUGGCAUGACACCUCAUUACUCUGGAACAACCCUCGAUGCUCAGGCGCGGUAUGCCGCUGGUACAAAGAGUAUCUUAGAAAAUUACUUUGAAGGAAGGGAGCAAGAACCUGCGAAUGUCAUUGUUGGCCACGACGGUCAGCGUUAG